UGAGCAGGAAAAAAAUUCCACUGGAUGGCCUCACAUACUCAGAAAUGGCCGUGACAAACACUACUUUUCUGUUCUAAAAUAUCUCCCUGCAGAGGAUAAUUUGAACUUUAAAGUCACAUGGUGAAAUCAUAGGUUUGCUAAACAUGCAACGUGUACGGUUUGAAUGAUGUAAACCCAGUUCCUGUUUCCUUUGCAGGACUGUAUGUUUUUGCAGUCAGCAGGCAUCUGGAUUUUUCAUCGCGAUUUACGGCAGCAAAAGAAGUUACUGUGACAUAUUUAUGCUCCCUGCAUAAAUAGAAAGGGCUAUAUCCUCCAAACAAUAAUUAUAUUUCAUCUGACUAUUCACAGUGAAAGUCUCAGCUAAUUGUAUCUGUGGAGCGUUUUCCUCAAAAGCUUCUAACUUCCCUGACCAGGAACAAGCACGAUGAGCGCUCACAACAUGACGUGGAUCAGCUACCCAAGCAAGAGCCUGGCUUUCACCUUCCCAGAUGAAAUCGAAGCAUUCAUAGCUUCUCAAAACGUCAUAUCGAGACUGAUGCACUGCUACAUUGCCUUCUUUGUGCCAACAGGACUAAUAGCUGGUGUGUGCAUUUUGGUCAUUUUCAUAAAGAAUUAUGUGCAGAGCAAAGCCAUGGAACACUUAGACUCGCUUCUUCUACACUUCACCAUCAGCAAUAUUACAAUGAUUCUGCUGUCGUUUACUGUCAUCAAUAGGCCUGACUACAUAAGAGUGACCCACCUUGCGUGCAGCGUCCUGUCAUUUUUGUUCAACUUCAGUUAUUUCAGCUCUCAGCACGUUUUGGUGUUGAUGCUUCUCAUACUGUUACUGAAGAGAUUUCCACCAAGGACUGCGCUGAGCAUAGUCACCCAGCGUCCCAUACUGCAUGUUGGAUGUGUACUGCUAUGUGCCUUCUGUUUGUCACUGAUGGAAGCAGUACUGGUUGGCACGGAUAACUACCACCUGGAAACAGACUGCCAAUUAGAUCCAUUAUUUGCGUGGCCUGAAUACGAGAUCGUUAAAUUCAUCUUUGGAUUUGGAAUCCCAUCAUUUCUUCAGAUACUCUCUUUUACCAUCCACCUUGCUAAAGAAGCCCCUGCUGAAGCUCCAGCCUUACAACAGCACAUUCGUAAUUACCUUGCUGUGUUCAUUAUAAGCAUAACAGCAUUUAUAUGCCGUCUAUUUUAUAACAUUAUGAUUCUCCUCCGGACAACGCUGAAAUUACAGAAGAGCAUCGGAACUCCAAAGGAUGAGCUCGUGAUGAAUAUUGCCGAAAUAGUAUUGUUCUCAGAGAGCUGUGCUAGUCUGGUACUCAUACUUUGUUUGCAUAAACCAUGCAAGGAUAGAAUACUUCAAGUCAUACGGAACUGCCGAAGGGCACACACCACCAACAGUCAUCCUGAAAUCCCAGUAACACCUCUGACCCCUGAAGCGACGUCUCAGUAACACCUGCUUGUCUAAGAACUGACCAUCUACUUCCUAUGCUUUAUUCUUCUUUGUAAAGGACAAUUGUUCUUUCUUUUGAUCCCAAAUUUGGACUAUCAUACAGCUAGCAGGACUGAAGGAAAAAUAUAUUUAGUCUACUAUCUGCAGUGACCUAACGUGCAAACAUGUAGGAUUUGGGGGUCUGCUCUUUUGCAUGCAUGUAUGUGUGCGAAUGUAAAUAUUUUUUAAUCUCCUCCCUUCUGCAAGUUACUCCAAAAGUGAGCAGAAAGUACUGUAGCCAUAGAGGUAUGCUUCUGCAAUAGCAUCAACGCCUUAGUAAGGAUGCACAACAAAACAUAUCCCAAAGCAACGCUGAACUAAGGUAAAAAUUUGCAGCCAAAGCAUUUUCUCAGGUUUUCUUCCUCUUUGGACUGGGAUUUCUUGCCCUAGAAGCUACUCAUAUUUUUGUAACAUUGGUUAAUUUCAGUAACAACAGCAGUGAAGUAUGGGUUAAGAGUCCGUUACAAUCCCAAAAUAGUGAUAGCACAAAUCCAUUUCACGGCUUGCUUGUAUUGUAUACACACACAAAAGAGAGUAUUCCUUCCUUUUUUCCAUUUUCCUCUUCAACAUUUGUUGGAACCUCAAAGGUUUUUAUCUGAAUUCUUGCACAUACACACACGCAAAACAAAAACAAAAAACCAACAACACAAAAACCUCUCAAAUUAAUGGAAACGUUGGUCCAUAAAGAAGAACUCCAUGUCCUUUCUGAGGCACUGAACUGGAAAGAUCAACAGAAUGGCUAAUUAAAACUUUGUGCUAGAAUGAAAGCUUUUUGUUAAAGUACGCUCAGCUUCAACUUUGCAUUAAGACUUUAUGCAAUUAUUGAUUUAAGCCAUUCUUGAUGAGUUCAUUCAGAAGUAUGAAGUCGCAUGCCUUGAAUAGUCACAUUCCAUAAUGUCUUAACUAAAAAAAUGAGAAAAAAACAGGCCCAGAACAGUAGAACUGCUUUUAAAAAGGCAAAAAGAAGCAGAGCCCCAGAUCCAGGCAGAAAUCAAGGCUCUGCUGGAGAUAGGAUGGGAACAUUGCACAUUUAGAUGAGAAUUCACAGGUAAAUAGUGCAAAACAGGGAAAGAAAUCCAAAUCUGAGCAUCCCACAGCAGGUGUGGCACCGCAGCUCAGCUGCAGCCCUCCAGAAGUGGCCGCUGGUGCAGGCAGAGCCUCAGGUGCAGGGCUGCAAUGCUGGCUUUGAGCAGGUCAUUAUGGAACCCUAGCUGGCCUGGAGCCCUCUUAUACAUUUGGCUUCAGUUUCAGAUUUCCUUUCAGGGAGAAGGAGAGAACAGAAAAAACAAGGAAGGCACAAGGCUGUUCUACAUCUCGGACAAAGAUGUAGAGUUGGACACAGGUUAAAAACAAUACACAGUGACGUGAUAAGCAAUGCUCAAGUGACCUGAAGGGUUUUUAAGAAAAAGCACUUUGAUACUUAAACUCAUAUGUUUACGUAGCACUGAAGACAAAAUUUACUUGAUUAAGCAUGGCAUCUGGAUGCUAAAGGAACCAAAAGAUUUUACAGCAAAGUCUUGGAAAAUAUCUUAGUGGGGUUCAGAUCCGCAUGCAGAAUCAGUGCAAAUUGGCAUGGGCUGCCUGAAAUACAGUAGAGCAGGCACUGAUCUACCAACAGGAACGCGUUCUGCAGAGCAACAGCCAAGAGGAAGACUAAAGGACAUCUGCCCAAAUAUACCAUACAUAGAUCUAGAAUGUAGAUAUAUGGAUCUCGUCCUGAAAUCAAAGUCCUGAAAUUCAUGGACUGUGACUAUCACAUGCAAAUAGAGGGCAAUAGCCUCACCAUGACCGUAAGGACCAACGUUUCCACAAGAUGCAAAAAUCAGCUGGUGAAAUAUCUGCACUGCACUAUGUCAGCUUGUUCUCCCACUCAGCUCUGUUCUGCUGCCAGCACGAGCAGAUGGAUGACUAGGGAACAUCACAUAGAAACAGGCCAUUAUUAGAACUUCGUCAGAAAGGAAAUACGUAGGUAAGGAUCACCUCUUCAAACACAAGAAUUAAUUAUAUAGCUGUGAAGGGAUUUCGCAGAUGGCAUCUGAAGUUUUGCUUUGCACCUGAGAAGAGGGAGAUUAAACAACAUGGUCUGAACAUCAGCCCUGCAGAAAGGAGCCUGAAGAGAGGGGCUGUAAAGAGCAGCACGUCAGCAAAGAAAGCUGACAGACUGAGUGAAAGGAUGUGUCAGAAGAUGUAAGCUGUUUAUUCCAGUUCAGACAGAGAAUAGCAUAGCUUCCUUGCUAAGCAGGUUAUUUUCUAGAAUGAGAAUUAUGCAGGAAGGAUUCUACUUUAUUCACUGCUUCCAUAUAUUUAAAAGAUGAAAGAAUAAAUAUUGUAUCGUUUCUGA